AUGGAAUGCGAGAGGACGAUGCAACGAAACCGUUCAACCUCGCCCGGAUGGAAGCCAAAAAUCUUCGAUGACAAGGCUGAUUUGUACGAUGUGCAAUCGACGGCUUCUAUCGUGCUAUGGAUAUUGAUGCAGCUCCACGGUCUAUAUGCCCUCCAUCAAAACAUCAACCAUCAGCUACCGGAUUUCAGAUUUGUCAUCGAAUCAGUGAUGCCCGGUUGGGAGUACGACGAAUGGCGGUGGCCGGCCUUGCUACGCCUCCACGGGUUCUUCAUCUAUUACGGCAGCUUUCUCGUUGCCGCCCUUGCCUCAGUGUUCAUGCUGGUGCCAGUGUCGGAUGGGACUAGUCGACGGACCACACGUAUCUACACGUACACCUACACACGCAUCCCGUCGCUAAAGGGAUUGGAGAAGCAGCGCCGAUCCAAAUCAUCGACGCUCAACCCGAUUUACCGGGUGCCGUAUGUGGGGGAAUGGUUGCGCCGUGAAUGGGACAACUACGAGACGUACGACUGCAACGAACAGCGGGGCCACUACGAAGCGUUCGUCGUCGGACGAAUGUUCGGCGGGUUUUUGACGGCCUUCUUCGUGCCAUACUGGUACUGGCGAUUCGGGCCCAGAUCGUUGGACGACGCCUACAAUUUCGCCGAAGAAUUCCCUCGCCGCCUCGAGGAGCGGCGUCCGUUUACCGUCCAGCUAGAUUGGAUCACACUGUUUGUCAUGUGCUCCUUCUACAGCCUAAUGUUUGCUGGCUUCCCGCAGCGACGACCCAGAAAUGAGCAUGCCCGUCCGGGGAAAUGCUGCCCUCGUCAACCGACAAAGCAGAUGGUGGUCGCCUGGCGGUACAAAUGGCUCAAAAUGAGGACCCAGCAA